GCUGUAUUUAAGAACCUCCAGCUCCACACAUUGGCCCACGCUGGAGACAAGCAGAGAAGAGGGGACAGCAGCAGAGCCACAGAGGAAUGUCCACAAAAAGGAAGGCUAAAAUGAAACUUCUUGGUGUUCUCUUCUUGGUGUCCAUGGUGGCAGAAAGUCACCAGUUAACGUGCACAAGUGAAUUUCGACGUCCAGAGUACACUGACAUCUCAGUUUCAUGUGGGACGGCCUCGAUUAGCCUGGCUAUCAUCGUCUGUCCCGUUAUCUACACCGGCUACAACGAAUCUCUGCUCAUCCUCAACAACAUAUACAACAAUCCGGAGUGCGAGGGAACUCUGGAUGAGUCCGCCAACCCGCCUGUUGUCAGGUUCACCUUCCCACUCAACAUGACCAACGCUUGCGGCAGCCUCUUCCAGACCACCAGUGCAGCUGGAACAGGGAUCUUUUCUGACUUCUCCAACAUCCAGACGGUUAAUGUCAGUGGCAAGGUGCAGUCUCACGAUCCAACCACGGGAAUGGUCACCUAUAACGCUGAGCUCAAAUAUUUCUAUUCCUGUGCUUACCCUCUGGAGUAUCUCAUCAACAACACCCAGGUGGACGUGUCAUCAUCUUCUAUUGCAUUGACGGACAAGAAUGGAAGCUUCAUCAGCACCCUGAGCAUGAAACUCUACAGUGACAUCAACUUCCAAAAUCCUCUAGUCAUACCAACCAGUGGAUUAGAGCUAAGGACGGCGAUUUACGUAGAAGUCGAAGCGUCCAACCUGACUGCUCAGUACAACGUCCACCUGGACCGAUGCUAUGCUUCCGUCUCUCCUUACCCCACAAACUCGUCGGCCUUCAACCUGUUUGUCUCGUGCUCUCAGGACACCAUGACCUCAAUCUAUGAGAACGGUGACAGUCACAGUUCCCGCUUCUCCUUCAAGGCCUUCAGGUUCAUAGAGCAGCAGAACGAGACGGUGUCCACUUACUACAUCCACUGUAUCGCACGACUCUGCGCGAUCAGCACCUGCAUUGAUUUUAAAUGUAGCAGCACCGCCAGGAGGAGGAGGGAUGUGUCUGCCAGUGAUGUUUCAGAGGCGACCACCUUAUCCUCCAACUUCCCCAUUCUUACCAAAAAUGACAACCAACUGACAUCUCAGGAGGAAGCCAUGUCCAGUGCCCAAUCCAACUCUGGCUCCACGGUGGGACUCGGUGUGGCUGUGGGCGUCCUCGCGGUGGCGGUGGUCGUGGCUGUGGGUGCGGCUGUCAUCUUCUACAGGCGGCUCAGACACUAACACAAGGAGCGCAGACACCUGUGUACGCCGCUGCUGGAUGCAGUCAUGCGCAGCAAUGUCUCCCGCCUGGUGUAGAACUAAGCCCCGGCAUCAUAUCACCCAUAAAGUAGCAUUCACAGCACGGCGUGGCUGCAGUUCUAUUAGAAAUGUACUGUGUAGAAUCGUCUAUAUUUAAGAGUGGAGCGCACGUACCUCUGAACAAAGAGAUGCUUUGUUUUCGUAGAAAAUAUAAUAACAUCAUCAUAUAAUAAGCUAAAGUGUUUAUAGUGAGGGUAGAAAAAGUCAGUCCUUCUUAAUAGUGUUGUAAACGCAACACAACUAAAAAUCACUUUAAUCAAACCAUGUCUCAAAAGACUGACAAGAAGGAAAUCAGAUGCCACUGUUGGAUGACUGUUUACGGAGAAAGUUAAGAAGUAAACAUGACGGCAAUAAAAAAAGUUAACAAUCAA